UCAAAUUAAGAUAUGGUUUUGUAUGUUGUUGAUUUACAAAUUGAUAUUUUGAUAUCUCAAUACAAUCUUUUAGAGUUUUGAUUAGUAAAGUAUGCGAAGAAAAGCGUAAAGAAAUAAACUUCAUAUAGUAAAAUGAACAAAGUUGAUAAAUACUGUCGGUUGUGCGCCGAACCAACUGAACAUUUAAUAUAUGCUGAUGAAGAAGCAGCUUUUAAUUCAAAGAUUGCCAAGAAGAUGCUGUGGAUAAAUAUCGACGUUACUCCAUCAAAUAAACUUCCUAAAAGUAUAUGCUAUUCUUGUUUUGAUCAAUUAGAACGGACUUGGAUUUUUCUCAAGAAUGUCCGAGAGGCGCAGGAAAAAUUGAAUCAAUUAUUUUCUACGAACAAUGAACAUAAAGUUAAAUCAGGAAAGCAGUCAUCCGAUGUGGCCAACCCUGUCGAUAUGAACUGGGAUGAUUUUCAGGAUGUUAAAGUUGAUAUAAAAGAUGAAGACAUUAUGACUGUGAUCACUACAAAUAAAUUUAUUGACGGUCUAGAGAAUUUAAAAACGGAACAGUGCCCUGAAAAUGACCAGGAUUUUCUGAUUGAAGAUAAUGGGUUCAGCAGUAGCACCGACAGUGAGCAGCCCUCUGAUGUCACAGUCAAAAAGAAACGAAAUAAGAAGAAAGUGUCUGAACAUAACGAGGACAAAGACAAAACUUUAUAUAUAGAACCUGUUGACAUAGACAAGCUGGAUGUGACAUGGGAGGAGGAGGCGUGCCGCUGUGGACACUGUGACGCCCAGUGCAAAAACAUCUCAUUGUUAAGGUUACAUUCCCAACAUAUACAUAAUAGUUGUUGCGUUUUUAAAUGUAUGAGCUGUGGUAAAGUUGUUUCUAAUUACAAAUCAUUUGUAAAACAUGUACGACUGCACAAGCCAAUGUUGAAUUAUUGCUGCGAAUUCUGUGACCAAAAGUUUACAAUGACAAAAUUUAUUAAAAGACAUAAACAUGUUGAGCAUGGCGGUGUAAACUUAACUUCUUGUAGAAAAUGUGGCACAGUGUUUGACACAGUGGAGCAGUUGCAUGACCACUUGGCAAAAUAUAAUAAAAGCAUUAAGAAAAUUUUAAGGAAAGCAGUUGACAAUGCGGAGGAGCAAGAGUUGAAGUGCAACUAUUGCCACAAAGAAUUCAAAAAGCGGACCAAUUUGAAUCAGCACAAACUGGUGCACACGGAUCGCAGCAGAGACUUCUCCUGCCACAUCUGCGGCAAAAUGUUCUUCAUGAAGGGUACUUUGAGCACCCACAUACUGACGCACGAAAACGUCAAACCUUACAAGUGUGAAUUUUGUCCGAUGGCAUUUAAAGCAAAAGGAAACCUUCAGUCCCACAUUACAUUGCAUUCGGGAACAAAACCAUUUGUUUGUGAACAGUGCGGGAAGAGCUUUAGAGUGAAGAGACAUCUGAAAUCACAUUCCAUAAUCCAUACAGACCUAAUGCCAUACAAAUGUCAAUAUUGUGAUAAAACUUUUAGAUUCAAAACCCGUCUCAACUUACACCUGAGGCAACACACUGGUGCCAAGCCGUACAAUUGUGUUCAAUGUCAGAGAGACUUCACAAAUGGUUCUAACUAUAAGAAGCACAUGAAACGUAGGCAUAACAUUGACACAUCAUCAAUAUGGAAAAAGUAUAUCAGUAUCGGGAACGUAGCUGUGGAAGAAAGCAAGGAUACUGAUGAUGCCAAGACGUAAAUCUAUUUAUGAAGUUACAAUUCAAUUAUUUCGUAUACAAUGUGCAGAAUACAAGACUAAUUGAUUACAAGCUACCUCCAACAUUCCUCCACUCGGCACUGGACACAUGUUGUCAUACCUUAGAGGAUCUAGAUCAUCUUUCUCAAUUAAGUCCUAAAAAUAAGCCCGUAUAAUUUGUACGAUUUCAAUAUACAUUAAAUCAACGCAAAGAUACAAAUAGAGGUCAAGUGAAGGACUUGAAUUAUACAAUUUAACAUUUUUUUUUAAGUAAAAUACAUUUAUAAAGACCGAGGCAAGAUAUUUUAGAAUGUAACAUUCUGUGAAUUGUUAUAAUGGUGAAUGCUAAAGGAGAUGAUACUCUUUGUGUUGUGUAAAAUGAAAUAGUUGAGAUAUGUAAGUGUAAGUAAUAGUUAUAGCAAUAUAUAGUUAAAUAAGACUUCAUUAAAUACAAUUUC